AGUUUAGUAAUAUGACCUGCAGAAUGCUGAAGUGUUUUUUAGCACGCAAGGGUUCAAAGGUUUUUCUCACUGCUUAGAUAAAUCCGGUAUGUUUCCCUGAUGAAAUCCGCAGAACAACCAGCCAUGUCUGAGAGCACAGGAGAGCAGACACACAGCGUAUCCAGCAGGCAGCGAUGUCCACAGGCCAGUGGGCUGGAGAGCAUAGCCCCUCUGGUGUCUACGGCAGAGGAGACCCCUCACCCCAUCACCACCACCAUCAAGGGAACUAUUCCAACCUGGAUCAACGGGAGCUUCCUGAGAAAUGGUCCUGGGAAAUUUGAAUUUGGAGAAGAUAGGUACACCCACUGGUUUGACGGCAUGGCCAUGAUGCACCGGUUCCACAUCUGUGAGGGCAAUGUCACUUACAGCAGCCGCUUCCUGAGAAGUGACUCGUAUGUCCUCAACUCAGAGAGGAAUCGCAUUGUGGUUUCCGAGUUCGGUACACUGGCCAUGCCUGAUCCCUGCAAGAACAUCUUUGCACGCUUCUUUUCUCGCUUCACGAUUCCCAAGGCAACAGAUAACGCAGGUGUGAACUUUGUCAAGUACAAGGGAGACUAUUAUGUCAGUACAGAAACCAACUACAUGAGGAGAGUAGAUCCACAAAGCCUGGAGACGAAGGAGAAGGUGGACUGGAGUCAGUAUGUCGCUGUCAAUGCAGCUACGGCUCACCCACAUUAUGACCGUGACGGAGCCACAUACAACAUGGGCAAUUCCUAUGGAACAAGUGGCUUUUUCUACAACAUCAUCCGUGUGCCUCCUCCUGAGGAGAAUGCUGCAAAGGAGGACUCAGAAGACCUGAAUGGAGCCCAAGUGAUCUGCUCCAUCCAAGCAUCUGAGUCCAGGAAACCUUCCUAUUUUCACAGCUUUGUCAUGUCAGAGAACUAUAUUGUGUUUGUUGAGCAGCCGAUCAAGCUGGACCUGCUGAAGUUCAUGCUGUACAGAAUAGCGGGAAAGAGCUUUCACAAAGUCAUGACCUGGGAUCCUACGUAUGAAACCAUCUUCCACCUGGUCAACAGGCACACUGGAAAGAAGAGUGAAGUGAAGUACUGUGCAGCACCCAUGUUCACGCUGCAUCAGAUCAAUGCUUUUGAGGACAGUGGGUUCUUGGUUAUGGACAUGUGCUGUGGAGACGAUGGUGAGGUCAUCGCGGAUUACACCCUGGAGAACCUCAGAAGAGACACAGGAGAGGAAAUGGACAAAUUUUACAACUCAAUGUGCAGAAACCUCCCGAGGAGAUACGUGCUACCUCUCAGUGUGGAUGAAGAAACUCCUUUGGACCAGAACCUUGUCACUCUGCCUAACUAUAAAGCCACAGCGAAGAAGACAAACCCUGGAGAGGUUUACAUGACCCAUGAGGAGCUUCACGACGAUGAGCUGCUGCAGUACGGCGGCCUUGAGUUCCCUCAGAUCAAUUAUGACCAGUACAAUGGCAGACCGUACCGCUACUUCUACGCCUGUGGCUUUGGACACGUCUUCGGCGACUCCCUCCUCAAGAUGGAUGUCCACACCAAAGAGCUUAAGGUGUGGCGUUAUCCUGGCUUCUUCCCGUCUGAGCCUGUCUUUGUUGCUUCGCCCAGAGCUACUGAGGAAGAUGAUGGAGUGGUCUUGUCAGUCAUCAUCACACCCAGAGAGGAGAAAAGUACUUUCCUGCUCGUUCUGGAUGCCAAGACCUUCACCGAGCUAGGCAGAGCAGAGGUCCCUGUCAAUAUCCCGUAUGGGACCCACGGCGUGUUUAAUGGGAUGGGCUAAGAGCACCACUGUUUGUAACUGCGCGGCAAAUUUGCUGAAAUUGAACCAACAACCGGCCACUUUAUAAACAGAGUAGAAUAUGUCUGCUGAUGUCAUUGCCAGUAAAAUAUCCUGAGCUGUAAAAGACAUUAGGAAAGAAACAAGAGCAGGUAAAAACUGCAGCCUCAUGCUAUUUGUUUGUGCCUCUUAGAUAGGAAUAGGUGCGUGUCCUCACUGUGUGCUGCCAUUACUGUUAGAAAGAUGGCUUUCUUUUGGAGACUAACAAGACAGAAAACCCAGCAUGGCAUCAGCACACUGACAAAGUUUGUCCUCUAUGUGUUCUUAUGUGUUCUUGUAAGAAUGUGAAAUACCCCUUUAGACAACAGCCAGAGCAUCAUAUAUACCGUAAGGACUAAUAUUUUAGGUGGAAAGCAUUCCAAAAAAAUACAUUAAAAUCAAUACACACAUUAAAAAAAA